UCACACUGUCAGCUGUAGGCCUACUUACAGCUUUGCUUGGAGUUACUAAAAAAACACAGCAUUGUAACCACACUAAGGCAUUAAUUGUUGAUGUCACUACUCAGGAAACGUUAUCUGAGGGUUAGAAUUACCUGCUGGACAGCACAGACCUAUUUCAUUUCACAGUGCCAGCCCAUACAGAACACACAGGAAUAAAUGAACAAAUAACCCGAAGACUGCAUUCUCUUUGUGUCUGGGAAAUGGUUUCAAACAGGACAUAGAUUCUGACAGCUUACAGCAAUGUCGACGCUGUCUUUUGAGUCCCUCUGCUUAAAAGAUGAUGAUUGUCCAUCCCCAACUCUACCCCAGGGCCUGGAGGAUGAGUUUGACACAGACUUAGAGUUGGAUGAAAAAGAGGAGAGCAACAAGGAGAUGUCUAUAUCUGAAGUGUACCUCCAGGCCUGCAAGCUGGUGGGUGUGGUGCCAGUCUCCUACUUUAUACGAAACCUUGACUCUACAAUCAUAUCCCUCAGCCACCAUGGGCUAGGACCUUUGGGGUGCAAGGCACUUGCUAUUGCUUUGGUGACUGAUAUGCAUAUCAACACUCUGGAGCUGGCAGACAAUCACAUUCAAGCUGAGGGAGCCAAAUACCUUGUGGAGAUGCUGAGGGCUAAUUUCACCUUGCAGCACCUGGAUUUGUCCAACAACCAUCUGCAGUCUGCAGGGGCUGAGUAUGUGGCUAAAGUGUUGCUGGACAACAUUUCAUUGAAAUCUAUGAAACUUUCAGGAAAUAGAUUUACUGAUGAUGAUGCAAAAUAUUUUGCAGAUGCCUUGUCAACCAAUUCCAGAAUAAAGGAACUAGACCUGAGCCAUAAUGAGUUUUGUGGAAAAGGAGGGGAACAUUUGGGACAACUGUUGGCAAACAACGAGGGUCUUGAGGUGUUGGAUCUUAGCUGGAACCAUCUUAGAAUGAAAGGGGCUGUGGCUAUUUGUGCUGGACUCAAGGUGAAUAUAAUGUUAAAACACCUUGACUUAUCGUGGAACGGUUUUGGGAAUGAGGGCGCCCUGGCUAUGGGAGAGGCCCUAAAAUUCAACAACACUCUGGUGCACCUCAACCUCAACAACAACCGCCUCACCAAUGAGGGUGUCGGCAUGCUGUGCCGGGGUCUUGAGUUUAAUGACACACUCCGAGUUCUACUGCUGGCUUACAACUCUUUAACAGUAGAGGGGGCACUGGCCCUGGUUAAUGUGGUGAAGAACACACCUAGAACUGCCUUAGAAGAGAUCAACAUAUGUAAUGUGCUAGUAAAUGAGACCUUUGUGCAUCUGUUGGAGGGGACCUGUCAGGAGCAUCCUGGUUUGGAUGUACAGUUCGGAGGAGUUGGAGGCUUCAUCGCUAAGAAGCAACCAAAACGUGUUGAUCCAAUGAAAGUCAUCCAGGAUUAUUUAGAUCAACGCAAGCUACGCCUGUGGGAUUUCUUUCGGAAUAUUGACAAAGAUGGCACCAUGCGAGUCCCUGUUGCUGACUUCAGGAAGGCGGUGCAGCAAUCAAGUAUUCCUUUGGAUCGAUACCAGAUUGAGGAGCUGGUUCAGAGACUUGAUCGUGACAGGACAGGAAUGGUAGACUACAGGGGACUGGCAGAUACAAGGAAACAGAUGAUGAGGGAUCACCGCCGCCAGCUGAGAAAGGUUGAGUCCCGUCAGAAGAAAGAAAAGCAGAAGAGCGACCGCAUCCUCAAAACCUUCCAGAGCGCUGUGGAGGCUGUAACACCACGCAGCUCGAUGGUCAUGUCUCCAGGAGGUGCCAAAGAGGAUUCAAGUGGCCCUCAGCACUUCUCUGCCACCCCUCUAAGUUCUUGGCACCACAUUGUCAUGUCCAACAGCAGUCGAUAUUCUGUCACUAAUCUGAGCAGUGAGCAUGUCCACCUGCCCAUGUUAGGAGGCAUAACGCCUUACCGUCCCACCAGUUCUCCAGCUAUGCGCUCCUACUCUCAGCCAAACCUGCUGGAUGACUCCCCUCGCUCUGCUCCAGGCCAGUCCAUCUCUGCUCAGGGUAUACGCUCCGAUCCAGAGAUGGUCCACAGCAAGCUAAGCCCUACUGCUAACCACCUGACCAGGUCCAGGCCUGCUCUUGAUGCCAAGCAGCCAGUGGUUAAAGCCAAAACCAAGAAAGUAAAGAAAAAGAAAACCAUGAAACGUCUGGAUAAAGACUCAAAGAAUCAAAGUGUCAAGUGAUUGUUAAACUUUAAAUGUUGUGAUUAUUUCUGCCUGACUGUUUGCUAC